AUGGGUGAUACUUUAAGAAUUCCUGGUCCCGAGUCGGCCCCAACUGAGGCGUCCAGGCACCGCACGGAUACGGAAGCAUACAAAGCGGAAACACUGGAGUUCCUCGACAAGGCAUGGGGAGAUGAACAGUGGAAGCCUCCGGCCACUAUCCCGCGCCGUGACGGUAGGGGUGCGCCAUUCCCUCCGAACCAUCCCUGGACCGUGGGCGAGCUUGAUGUGCUCAAAGACAUCACUAUAGCUGCCCUAAGCAGAGAUAUUCUUCCUCUUUCCGCGCUCUAUGAACCCGGAGGAGCAAUUUUAGAGGCCGCUGCUGAGUAUGAGCAGCCUCGGUGGUGCAUCAAGGUUUGCGCCAAAGCUCGGCGUGUGGUCAGGGGGAGUGCAGAGCCGCGUCUGACAAAGAAAGAAGUCUUUGACAUGGUGAUGGCUGGUACCCUGGAUGGCAAAGUCCAAGUGCGCGUCCCGGUGCCUUCAGGUGGGAUGAAGAUUGGCUGUCCGGAGCACCGUGGCUGUCUGUGCAGACAGCCGAGUCUUACAUUCAAGCAGUCUGUAAGCGACUUUGGGCUGUCGAAAGACUCAAGACGUGGGUCGGUUCCAGAGCUAUGGGACUUGGAUGCUUUCUGGGAUUGGCGUGGCCUAUGA